GCCCCGUUCUCCAUUUUCCUGCCGGCGCGGCGGAACCGGCCCGGCCCCGAUGUAGCGGCGCGGCCGCCCCGCACCCUCACCCGCACCCGCCCAGCCGCGGGGCCGCCUCCGGCAUGCGGAGCUGCAAGAUGGUGCGGGUGGCCAGCGUGCUGGGGCUCGUCAUGCUCAGCGUGGCGCUGCUCAUCCUGUCCCUCAUCAGCUACGUGUCGCUCAAGAAGGACAACAUCUUCGGGGCGCCCCGCGCCGCCGGGCCCCGCAUGUACAUGUUCCACGCGGGCUUCAGGUCCCAGUUCGCGCUCAAGUUCCUGGACCCCUCGUUCGUGCCCAUCACCAACUCCCUGGGCCAGGAGCUGCAGGACAAACCCUCCAAGUGGGUAACACUGAAGUCCAUAUUGUUUUGUUUUAGGCGAGAAAUCCUUCAGCACGUCGACGUCAUCAAAAACUUCUCUCUGAUCAAGAGCAGCGUUCGGAUCGGGCAGCUGAUGCAUUACGAUUAUUCCAGCCACAAGUACGUGUUCUCCAUCAGCAAUAACUUCAGAUCUCUGCUUCCCGACGUGUCUCCCAUCCUGAACAAGCACUACAACAUCUGCGCCGUGGUGGGCAACAGCGGGAUCCUGACCGGGAGCCAGUGCGGCCAGGAGAUCGAUAAAUCCGAUUUUGUCUUUCGCUGCAAUUUUGCACCAACCGAGGCUUUCCAGAAAGACGUCGGAAGGAAAACCAACCUGACCACCUUCAACCCCAGCAUUCUGGAGAAGUACUACAACAACCUCUUGACCAUUCAGGAUCGCAACAACUUCUUYUUAAGUUUGAAAAAGCUCGACGGGGCCAUUCUUUGGAUCCCCGCUUUUUUCUUCCACACGUCGGCGACGGUCACGAGAACGCUGGUCGACUUCUUUGUGGAGCACAGGGGGCAGCUGAAGGUUCAGUUGGCUUGGCCAGGAAAUAUCAUGCAGCACGUGAACAGGUACUGGAGGAACAAGCACUUGUCCCCGAAGAGGYUGAGCACAGGAAUCCUCAUGUACACCCUGGCUUCUGCCAUAUGUGAUGAAAUCCAUCUYUACGGCUUCUGGCCCUUCGGCUUCGACCCCAACACGCGCGAGGACCUCCCGUACCACUACUACGACAAGAAGGGAACCAAGUUCACCACCAARUGGCAGGAGUCCCACCAGCUGCCUGCAGAGUUCCAGCUGCUCUACAGGAUGCACGGUGAAGGACUGGCCAAACUCACCUUGUCGCAUUGUGCCUAAGAACAUAGAUCUCCAAGUGCCAAACGAUUGUCKAAAAAAAGUGCCCAAAACCAAAUUAAACAUUCUUGGAAUUCUAAAAAGGAAACCAACCCACCCUAAAAUCUCUUCCAUAACUUAAAGAUGCUUUUUAGCCACUGCCCAUCCAAGGGUUUCAGCGUAUUUAGCGGUGCAGAAGCUUUUAUCACGUUCUGUGGAUGCGAUUUGUGCAGCUGCAAAGUUGAAACAUUUUGCAUUUCUAGAUAAGCCACUCAGUAUGUUUUAAUAUCUCUUCAUAUUUUACCGUUCCGCUAAAUGCCCUAAAUCUCUUCAUUUUCUCGUUCCUUCCCAUUAGAGCUAGAAAUGCUACUUUGAAAAGGUUUUUGCUUCUUUUGUAUCUGUUGCUGUCAAUAGCUCAGCGUGGAGGAAGCCACUCGGAAUUCCAGUGCAUCGUCACGCGCAAGCUCCUCGRUGUGGGUCCCGAUUUCCACCGCUUGGGUAUUUUCCUAUUUACUGAAUUUUUUAAAGAACAACAAGAAGAARGUCACCAAGUGGCUCGUACCUUAGCUAGGUGUUUGUAUCACUCUUGGAAUAYUUUGGUGUUUUAAUUCCUUUGGGGACAGGUCCUAGUCCAGGCUAGGCAGGCUGAAGCAUGUUCAUUCCCAUCCAUCUGAUGYUAUUCCAUCGUUUGAUUUCAGAGUUAAACCACCACAAACAAUGGAAUUWGGCUUCUCUGGAGACAUGGCAGGUGGGAAGAGCCCCAAAGCUCAUCCCUCUGCUCGGGCAUUUUCUGGUCACCAACAGCACUCCAAGGCAGACAGGGAGGUGUUUCCUUGGCACCAGGGGAAAUGUGGCUGUUUGGGGACAGGACAAACCAUAGGGUCCCUUAGAGCUCAGAAAUGGUGGCCAUUCUGCCUCAGGAUAAAGGAGCCUGGGAAAGAUCCGGGUUUCUUACGAGUGUGCUGACAAGUAUUUAACCAUUUUCUGCUAUUCUGUAUGAGAACUGACCCCAUGCUCAAAGAAGAUCCAAUAUUUCAAAUGCCACAUGUCCAUUUUUCUCAGCUUCUUUACCUACAAGUAGACAUAGGAGGUGAGGAAGGAGAUUUUGAGUACAACACCCACCCUGAGCAGCCUGGGACAUGUCCUGGUGCCCAUUGUGCCCCCUCCAAACCUCAAGUGACACUUGUUGGCUCGUUUUAAUGCCAGGUAUUUUUAUCAAGAGGCAUUUUAUCAAUUUCCUGUAGGGACCGAUAGUUUACCAUUAGUAAAUUAAAGAAYUAUUAUCAUUAUAUUGGCAUGAAAACAGGGGGCAAAGUGCUCUGUACAGUUUCUGGAAGCUUCCAUGGUCCUGGAGAGGGACAGAAYCCCCUGCCAGUCCUAGGGACAGCCCUGGUAUCACCACCAGAACUUCCAGAGGCACAAAGAGGCACCAAGUGCAGAGAAGGAAGCAGAAAACUGCAAAUAUUUGGGAAUGGGAAUACAGAAAAAUUAUUGACAGAGCGCCAUAUUACAUCAUUGAUUUUUAAGCAAAACUCCCCAUCGAUGCUCCAGCCCCACAUUGAACAUUUCAGAAUCAUUGAUUUUAAUGGGGAGUUCUGCCCCGCAAUCGAUGGCACAGCACAGCCCAAAGUAAAUUGCUUCUUCGUAUCAAUAUUUUUUUGCCCAAGCUCAUGCAAUGUGGAAAACCAUCUGUGAAUGUGCAGCUUUUGUUUUGCCUGCUGGGGUCUGAGGGAGAGGCGAGGAUGGCAGGGGAUGGAGAAGGCAGUGCUGAGGAGGAGAGGCUCCCUGGAGCUGCCUCCAUUCGGCAGAAAUGCCUUUGCUUUUAGAAGCCAGACUUUUAAUAAUUUAUUUGUUAUUUGGAAGGUGCUGGGGGCUGCCCUCCGUGCUCAGGACAGCCCCUGCGUGCGGCAUCACCUCCCCUCUSCUUGGCCCCAAACCUUCCUGAUGGCUCAGGGAGAAUCUCCCUCCCGUGACUGAAUGUCUAGACAAGCCAACAGAGCUAAUGCAGCCAGAUCAAUAGCUGUAAGUACAGAACAUUUCAGGUUCCAAAAUUGCAGAGGAGCCCUCCUGAGCAGCUGCCUGGGUCAGGAGAUGCCAGCAGGAUGGGUGCCGAGGUGCUGGAGGUGUACAUAGCAUUGGGAAUAGUGCUUCCUUUCUUCUUUUACACAUCUUGCUCUGUAUUUUURUUGCUUGCAUCUCCUUGGUGAAUGGUAGCGAGGCACGUGAAAACAGGCAUUUGGCUACUGGGUUUAACUGUGGAGUAAACCAAAAAACRAGAGUUUGUGAAACAGAACUGUGAACAGAGCAAAUAGGAAAAAGCAGGUUUUCUGUGAAUGAAUGUGUCUACAGUUCAAUGCCUGAUGGAGUUGUUUUCGAUAAAAAAAGAUAAACAUUUUUUUAAAAAGAGAGAAAAAAACCGCCAUAAUUGUAAUAAAGGUUUCAUUAUUAAGGGCCAUACGAAAAGGAUUUUUCAUUUGUCAAUGGCUGAUGUUAUAAAGGGCCAGGGCACGUCUCGGGUGAGCGGCAAAGCUGCACAYGGUGGGAAGAAGCAGAGCUGCUGCCCACGGAGAGCCUCAGGAGUGGCUCUGAGGGCUGGCACUGAGCUGGG